AUGAGAAAUCGUCACACUAUCCUGCUUCAUAAAGCAUCAGCACUGCAAAGGCCGUGCUGCUCUUAUCAACAUCGGAAUCUCAAACUCGGUCAAGCGCCUCAUUGUAUUCCCCCCAAUGGAUCCUGGCGGAAGCAGGCGAGUACUAAGUCACCCGGAAUAUCAGAGGCAAACAACUUUCAGAAGGAUGAUGCAAUUGGGCCGAAACCACUCAAUCGCCCUCUAGGGUUACCAUACCCUCCUCAGGUUGGGCAAAACACAGGAGUUGAUAGUCGAACGCUUCGCCAGCGCAAAGCUGAGUUUAUGAAUCACGAAAAGCACAUGGAACGCCGCAUUCAACUUGUGAUGGAGUUUUCGAAACCGUAUUUUCGUGAAUGGACCGGAUUGCGCUACCAAGAAGGAAAAGCUUUUCUAUCAAACCAGCGUAUCUUUAAAAGUGACAAAGCACUCUUCUUCCCAAACCUUUUUGGACGAACGCUAGAUCGGUUGAAUCCGUUACAGCAUACCACCCCAGUAUUUCGAGGGAAAAUCUCUAUUGUCAGUGUCUUCUCAAGUCUCUGGGCAGAACAGCAAGCUGCUUCUUUUGUUGGUAUAAAGCAGAACCCAACGUUGCAUCAGAUACUUCAAGGGUCGAAUGAACUUGUGCAGCAAGUACAAAUCAAUGUCGAGGAUAAUUGGUUAAAGGCUCUUCUUAUCAGGAGCUUCACGUCAAGACUGCGAAAGAAAUUACCUGAAGCACAACAUGGCAAGUACUUUCUAGUGACGAAAGGGUUUACAGAUCAAUUGAAGGAGCAAAUCGGGAUCAUAAACGGCAAGGUUGGAUACGUAUAUCUUUUGGAUGAAGUUUGCCGAAUUAGGUGGGCCGGCAACAGCGUUGCCACUCCACCUGAGAUGGAAUCUCUUAAUAAUGGUCUGCGAAGACUGGUUGAAGAAAAGCGGAGGAACAUGAGCAUAGGUCAAUGA